UUACAAGUCUCGCUCUCAAAAGAAAAUUGUCGCCUUCUGAAGUACGUUUCUGUAAUUCUGUUUCUGCUCAGUAAUCUUUGCAAUCAUGGCAGGUGCAAUUUUCAAGCUGUUUUUAAUGAUGCUGAGCAGCGAGAAAUCAAUGACCCUGCUGUGAAGAAGUGGCUCGAUGAUCUCAAAGAUGUUGUCUAUGAUGUUGAUGACUUGUUAGAUCGUGUUUCAACCGAAGCAGGAACGGCUCAAACGGAGGUUAGUACCUUGUUCUCUAGCUUUCUAAAUUUUUGAGAGUCCGAGGUUGUUACAAAACUGGAAGACAUAACUGAGAGACUAGAAUAUGCUGGAAAAAGCAGACAUUCUUGGUCUAAAAGAGAAUGCUAGGGAGAGCUUGUUGUGGAGAACACCAUCAACAUCCCUGUUAGAAAGAUCCACUAUAUAUGGUAGAGAUCAAGACAAAGAAGCCAUCAUGGAAUUGUUAUUUGAUGAUACAACAGAUGCUAAAAUAUCUGCGAUUCCAAUUGUUGGCAUGGGUGGGUUUGGAAAAACCACUUUAGCUCAAUUGGUGUAUAAUGAUGAGUCUUUGGAGCAAAUAUUUGAUCUUAAGUUGUGGAUUUAUGUUUCUGAAAAUUUUGAUAUUCAGAAGAUCACCAAGACUAUGAUAGAGGCAGUUACUUCAAGUAGCUGUGAUAUGAAGGAUUUGGGUUUUCUUCAGCUCGAAUUGAAGGAAAAGCUGAUAGGGAAGAAGUACUUAGUUGUUUUGGACGAUGUUUGGAAUGAGAACUAUGGUGUUUGGAAUGAUUUUCAGAAGCCUCUUCAACACAGGGCCAAAGGGAAGUAAAAUUCUUGCAACAACUCAUAGCGAGAAGGUUGCUUCCGUUGUCCAAACAUGUCCAGCUUAUCAUCUAAGUCAAUUAGAUGAUGAAGAUUCAAUUGCUGGUUGGUGUUUGCUAACCACUCAUGUCUUCCAUUAGAAUUAGGAGAAGAUUCAAGUAAGAAGAAGAUUGGUAGACAAACCGCUGAAAAGUGUAAGGGGUUACCAUUAGCAGCGCUAAUGAUCGUGUUUGGAUCUCUCUUGUACAAACACUGAAACUGUACUUUUGUGAUAAUCUGCAUAGGCUUCCAAGCAGCAUGCAAUUUGCGCCAUCUUGACAUUGGGGAAGCUCUUUGCUGGAGUUGCCAAAGGGAAUGAGCAAACUACAAAAUCUGCAACACUUGGCUGACUUCAUUGUUGAUGAAGAGAACGUGAUUGCAGAACUUGGAGGACUUGCAAAUAUCCAUGGCCCCUUUGGGAUUUGCAAAUUAGAGAAUGUCCGGAAUAGCAGCGAGCCAUCAGAGGCAAGAAUGAUGGAGAAGAAGCACAUUAGUACUUUGUUUUAUGUAUGGUCUCGAAUUCCAGCAUGAAAGAGACAUAUUUGACAAGUUACAACCUCACAAUGAGGUGAAAGAGCUAUUG